CUGACCUCAUAUAGUGCCAGCACUAUCUUAUCUCCUUUAUAAGCCUUUAUAAACUCCACCAAGUGUUGGCGAAGGCAUCAUUUUGUUUUCCAUCGGCUUUGGAGCAAGCAGGGAUUCAGGCAUCUUUCCCCAGAUUCUACUGCUGGAGCGAUAGAACCAGAGGCCACAGUAUGUGUAACGCGAAAUGCGCCAAGUGCGUUGGUAUAUGCCUCGUUCCUCUGGCUCUUCUCUGCAUCGUCGCCAAUACGCUGCUCUUCUUCCCGAAUGGAGAAACGGGUUAUAACACCGCGGAGAAGCUAGCGGAUAGCGUCUGGUGCUUCAGCGGGAUUUUGGGCUCCGGACUGUUGAUGGUGUUCCCAGUUCUGGUGUUCAUGGGAAUGAAAAAUAAUGACUGCUGUGGGUGCUGUGGAAACGAAAGCUGCGGGAAGCGAUUUGCGAAUUUCACCUCCGUGAUCUUUGCUGGCAUUGGAGCGGCAGGAGCUGCCUAUUGCUUCAUCGUAUCCGCAGUGGGUCUCAACAACGGUCCAAAAUGUACCACACUCACCAGCAACAAAUCUUACAUCUACCCCUUUGAUGAAGGCAACUACCUCGGUAAUCACUCCAUGUGGGACACCUGCCUGGAGCCACCAAAGAUUGUCACCUGGCAUGUGACAUUGUUCGCUCUGCUGCUGGUGAUGAGCGGAAUCCAGCUUGUGCUCUGUGCCUUUCAAGUAAUCAAUGGGCUGUUUGGAUUCAUCUGCGGAUCCUGCUGUUCCUGCUGUGAAUCAGCCUAGAAGCUCAAAGAUGAAACAGAUGGGUGGAUGUACAGGAGAGCCAUUCAACUAAUUACCCCUCUGCAACUGCUGGAGAGUUUGCCCAACAGACUUGAAGCACUUAUGAGAAAUAUACCCUUCGAUUCUGCUUUCUUCCCCGAAGCCUGAUGACAGAGACCACUGAAGCUUACAGUACAAUACAAUACAAUAAUACAAUGCCGUUUAUUUGUCAUUUGAACCUCACAUGAAGUUCAAACGAAAUUUGGUUUCUGCAGUCAUUCAAGAAAAGAACCAAGACACACAGCAACACAAUUUCCACAAACAUCCAUCACAGUGAAUCUCCUCCUCAGUGUCAUGGAAGGCAAAGUCUUGUCUCUCCCCUGCUGUCCAUUCCUCUCCCGAAGUCAAAGUCAAAGCCCCCGGUCCGCAGCCCCGCCGGCUCCGUGACUUGAGCUGUCUUUCCGGUUGGAGGCCGCUCCACGGUGCUAGGCCCCACACUCCAAAGAUGUACAGGUUUAUAGGUUAAUUGGUUUGGGUAAAAAUUGUAAAUUGUCCCUAGUGUGUAGGAUAGUACUUGUGUACGGGUGAUCACUGGACGCGCGGGCCCCGUGGGCCGAAGGGCCUGUUUCUGUGUUGUAUCUCUAAACUAAACUAAACACUACUCCAGCAUCUGCAGUCCCUUGUAGCUCCUCCUCAGGCAGUUCCUAUGGCUUGUAACUACCCUGCAAAUCCUAUCGGCUAGGGUGGAAUUGGAAAUGUUGUUGCUGUGGGACUAAAUCUACUUGGUCGCAGCUUACAAUUCUGUUUGAAUAUUUGGGCAUCAAAUCUAGCAGUAAAAAUACUUGAAAAUUAUUUCAUUCAGGAAAAUCUCCAACAUCCACUAAUACUGUUGUUCCAUCUUCUCAUGAGUUGUAUCCUAUCUGGCUUCAUCUCACCAUUCAGGGAAGAACUCUCCAGUUUUCAUUCUGAAUCACAAUCAAAAAUAGUCUCUGAAAAGGUUAAACUCCUAAGUAAUGCAUCAUCCAAGACCCUUGGUCUAUUCCCCAGCCUCUUGUUUGGAAGAUCUAAGUCUUAUGAAAAAUGGGAGGUUCCUGUAAUAAAGCAAAUCUGUACAAAUCAUGUUUUGUAUCAUAUUUAUUGUGAAUUAUUAAACACUAACUGGAGUCUUUGCUUAUCUCUGA